AUGAGGUUACUGUACUUAAUCACCGUUUUUACUGUAAUAGUGUCAGCUAGGUUUUUUGAUGUAUGUCCUGGAAGAAGGCAGUCUAUUGGAGCCUGCCUUGUUGGUCUCUGCCCUGCUGGUUCUGAAUGCAUCAACUCUUAUUGCUGUAAAAAUAAAAAAUCUAGCUCCACCAACCCUUUGGACAUAGUUGAAACUGAAAACGAAGAGACCACUGAUUACCCAGCUUGUCCCAAUGGUGGAAAAUCCAUCGGAGAGUGUAUCUCAAACUCUUGCCCUCUUGGUUAUCAGUGUAGCGCUGGACUUUGUUGUGAUGCUCAAUACGUUGGUCUCAAAAAGUGGUCUUCAAAAUCACGAAAAGAGGAAGAAGUUCCCAUGAAGUCAUCGCCAAUCAGUUUGAUUACAGUAGCACCCGACGAGGAGUCCGAGAACGAGGCGAAGAAGAAAAUGAAGGAGAGCGAGGAAGAGUCUGAAACUGAGCGUAACUCAACGUUUGCUCCGGACAAGGAAAUUGUUGAUGAGGAGGAUUCGGAGCUCGAGGAGGAAGAGGAGCAGAGCACCACUUCGACCACUACGACUACCACAACAACUACUUCAGAGCCACCAAGUACAACAGAGUAUAAGAGGAAAUCUAAAAGGGUUAAAUCAAAACGCCCAAAAACAACUGCAAGAACAACUACAACUACCACAACAGAGGCUCCAACAACAACAACUGAAGAGAUCACAACAACCACUGAAGAGGAGAUAACAGAACAGGAAACUCAGACUCCUAUUGUUGAAGAAGUCACAGAACCACACUUUGUUUGUCCAGUGGGUGCACCAAUCGGAGAAUGCAUCGCUAACAAAUGUCCAGAAGGUCAUGGAUGUGUAGAAGGUCAAUGUUGCAUUCUGACUCCUCAAAUCAACUGUACCGACACCCUCACCGGAUGCCUCUCACAUCUUUGCGAUCGCAAAGGAUACCGACAGUUUAUGACUAAUAACUGCGCCAAAACUUGUGCUAGAUGUCAUUUGGUGAACAUUACUCCAAGUGAGAUUCACGACUGCAGGGAUCGACGAUCGGAUUGUGAGGAAUGGGCUGCUGAGGGAUUCUGUGAGAGUUCAUUGUACACGACUCGACAGAAGCUCAAGUUCUGUGGGAAGAGUUGCAAACUUUGUUAA